CUUAUAUACUUAAUACCGGUUAUUUAACUUGUCGUUUUUUGAUCUUGGACACAUGUUUAAGUAGAGUACCGAUAUCAAUUUGCCAGGAGGACGGCAAAGCCAAGCUCGCAGUCGAUGGACGUCAUUGGCCGACGAAGCCUAGAGUCCCACCCACUAUCUGGAACUCUCCCGUACCGCGCGCAGUGCUUCCUGCCCGCACCGACAGCUCGCAACUCCAGACAUCACAGGAACAACAACGGCGCAACACAGUUCAAGCUACAAUUUAUUCGAACUUGCGGUCUCUCAGCCUUGUAACUCCCUGUGCAAAUAACACAUAACAACGUAUCAAAAACCCCGGGCUCUGCAGUUCCUUCUUCCUCAACAAUUGAGCCGCCGCCAUCAGUGUCCAGCCAUCCCAGCAGUCCAGCUCCAUAUACAUCCGAGUCCACGACGACGCAUCAUAUCAUACAACAGAGACAAACAAUAGGGCAGCAGCUUUAGAGGAACGAAUACAAGCCCAUCAUGUCGUACUUCUUUGCAACUCCCGUCGAUAUCGACAUAGUGCUAGAAGAUGCCGACGAGAGGUCAAUGGUCGAUGUCAAGCUUGAUAAGAACCGACGGGAGAAGGCACCCUUGUACAACGACGGCGAAUCCGUCAAAGGCGCCAUCACAAUACGGCCAAAAGAUGGCAAGCGGCUAGAGCACACAGGCAUCAAGGUCCAGUUCAUAGGCACAAUCGAGAUGUUCUUCGACCGUGGCAACCACUACGAAUUCCUCUCCCUCGUCCAAGAACUCGCCGCCCCAGGCGAACUCCAACACCCACAGACCUUCGACUUCAACUUCAAGAAUGUCGAGAAGCAGUACGAGUCUUACAACGGCAUCAACGUCAAGCUGCGCUACUUUGUCCGCGUCACGGUAUCCCGUCGCAUGGCCGACGUCAUUCGCGAAAAGGACAUUUGGGUCUACAGCUAUCGCAUCCCCCCCGAGAUGAACAGCAGCAUCAAGAUGGACGUUGGUAUCGAGGACUGCCUGCACAUCGAGUUUGAGUACAGCAAGAGCAAGUACCACCUCAAGGAUGUGAUUGUGGGGCGCAUCUACUUCUUGCUUGUGCGCCUAAAGAUUAAACACAUGGAGUUGAGCAUCAUCCGCCGAGAGACGACGGGAGCGGCGCCUAACCAAUAUAACGAGAGUGAGACGCUGGUUCGGUUCGAGAUCAUGGACGGGUCGCCAUCAAGAGGAGAAACGAUACCUAUCAGGCUGUUCCUGGGCGGGUUUGACCUAACACCAACGUUCAGAGAUGUCAACAAGAAGUUCUCCACGAGAUACUACCUCAGUCUCGUCCUUAUUGACGAAGACGCGAGGAGAUAUUUCAAGCAAUCGGAGAUCAUCCUGUAUCGUCAAGCCCCGGAACUCACCAACGGGCCAGAUGGCCUACCAGCCCCAACAGAGGAUAGAAUUACCACUGUGCCGGCGAAAAGGAAGGAAGGGGCCAGUUCGGAUUGACAGAGGGCUUUUUUUUUGACAGCGAGGAGAUUCUUGUUUCUUUUAGCGAAUUUGGCUGUACAAAGCUUAUGUUUGAUAAUUUUCUCCAGCAUUGGGCAGGGCGUUUUUUUGGGUUUAAAAUAAUGGUGUUGUCUUGUCUUCAAUGUCAGCCAAGGAUUUCCUCCCGAGUAGUUGUUCGCUUAUGGUCACCGAGUGUACACAAGCAGAAGCGCAAAAUGGGGAUAGCC